CGCGGCGCCGGGCCGGGCAGGGCGGGCCGUGCCGUGCCGCGCCGCACCGAGCGCUGCGGGGGGCGGCGGCUGUCAGUUCCCCUCGCGCUUCCCGCUCAGGAAAGCCAUGGUAAAAGACAUGAAAUAUCUUUAAUGGAAUUCUGAUCCUAAUCAAGCAGUUAAAAAUGGAUAUGAAUAUUAUUUUCUCCAGUGAGCCUAGAAACUGCCAGUUGCUGUACACUGUUGGAGAUGCAUUCCAGCCACUUCUGAAGGUACAUCACUCAAGUUUAUGGACAACUCUGUGUGACGCUUGCAAGUGGAGAUAAUGUUAUUUUUAUUGCAGUCUGGAUGCUUCUUGAGUCAUUAUCAGAACAAGUCUGGUUGCUUUGCAGCAGUUUUCUCCCAGUUUUUGGUAAAUGGACAUUGACAUGGACUACGAAAGACCCAACGUUGAAACUAUCAAGUGUGUGGUGGUUGGAGAUAAUGCAGUGGGGAAGACUCGUCUAAUUUGUGCAAGAGCUUGCAAUACAACCUUGACUCAGUAUCAGCUGCUGGCAACUCAUGUACCAACAGUCUGGGCCAUUGAUCAGUACCGUGUCUGCCAAGAGGUUCUUGAACGCUCACGAGAUGUUGUGGAUGAAGUGAGUGUUUCUCUCAGGCUGUGGGAUACGUUUGGGGACCACCACAAAGACAGGCGCUUUGCUUACGGAAGGUCUGAUGUAGUUGUUCUCUGCUUUUCAAUUGCUAAUCCUAAUUCCCUGAAUCAUGUGAAAACGAUGUGGUAUCAAGAAAUCAAGCACUUCUGUCCUCGUACACCUGUCAUUCUGGUGGGCUGCCAACUAGAUCUCCGCUAUGCAGAUCUUGAGGCUGUUAACAGAGCCAGACGGCCCUUGGCAAGGCCGAUAAAAAGAGGAGACAUUUUGCCACCUGAAAAAGGCAGAGAGGUUGCCAAGGAGCUUGGGAUACCGUAUUAUGAAACCAGUGUAUUUGACCAAUUUGGAAUUAAAGAUGUGUUUGACAACGCAAUUAGAGCUGCCCUGAUCUCCAGAAGACAUCUGCAGUUCUGGAAAUCUCAUUUGAAGAAGGUCCAAAAACCUUUGCUUCAGGCUCCAUUCCUACCUCCAAAAGCCCCUCCUCCAGUUAUCAAAAUUCCUGAAUGUCCUGUACCGAGCGUGAACGAAGCUGGCUAUUUACUGGACAGCCCUCUGUGUGCAGAUGUGAUGUUUGUUCUCCAGGAGCAGGACUGCAUCUUUGCUCACAAAAUUUACCUAGCUACCUCCUCUUCAAAGUUUUAUGACCUUUUCUUAAUGGAAUGUGAGGAAAGUUCAGACUUGGAUGAAACACAGUGCAAUAAAGAAAAUACAAGUAAAGAUGUUCUGACAAGUCACCUUGAGACAAAUUAUGACACUGAUGAGAUAUCCUUGAAAUCUGUUGAUGUUAAAAUUCCUGCACCAGAAAGUACUGAUUCUUUGAACAUGCUCAAACCCGAACCUGCUGAAACAAUUUCUGCAGCAAGAUCUCUGUCAUCCUGGGGCAAGGGGUUUGUUAGUGUGCAUAAGGAAAUGCAAAUGAAUCCUGUCUCAAAUAGGAUGUGUCCUGUAACUGUGGUAAAAAUGGAUUCCUCUGUGCAGGCUGGACCUUUCAAAACUGUUCUGCAGUUUUUAUACACAGGGCAACUGGAUGAAAAUGAAAAAGAUCUCACAAGACUGGCUCAGAUUGCUGAGAUCUUGGAAGUAUUUGAUUUGCGAAUGAUGGUGGAGAACAUUAUGAAUAAAGAAGCCUUCAUGAAUCAAGAGAUUACUAAAGCAUUUCAUGUCAGAAAAGCUAAUCGGAUAAAAGAGUGCCUUUGCAAAGGGACGUUCUCUGAUGUGACAUUUAAAUUGGAUGAUGGAACCAUUAAUGCCCACAAGCCACUACUGAUCUGUAGCUGUGAAUGGAUGUCCGCAAUGUUUGGAGGAUCAUUUAUCGAGAGCUUGAACAGCGAGGUAGUUCUGCCCAACAUAAACAAGACUUCCAUGCAAGCUGUUUUAGAUUACUUGUACACCAAGCAAUUAUCCUCCACUCAAGAACUGGACAUACUUGAGUUAAUCGCAUUGGCAAAUAGGUUUUGCCUUCCUCACCUGGUUGCUCUAGCAGAGCAGCAUGCAGUACAAGAGCUGACCAAGGCCUCCAUGAGUGGCGUUGCAAUAGAUGGGGAUGUACUGUCCUGUUUAGAAUUGGCUCAGUUUCACAACGCUAACCAGCUGGCAGCUUGGUGUUUGCACUACAUCUGCACCAAUUACAACAGUGUUUGCUCCAAAUUCCGCAAGGAGAUCAAAGCCAAAUCUUCAGAUAAUCAAGAAUAUUUUGAGAGGCAUCGCUGGCCACCUGUGUGGUAUUUAAAAGAAGAAGAUCACUACCAACGAGUUAAGAAAGAAAGAGAAAAGGAAGAUUUUGCACUAAAUAAACACCAUUCAAGGCGGAAGUGGUGCUUCUGGAAUUCCUCUGCUGUAGUUGCCUGAACAGAACACAUAACUGGAAAUUCAUAGCCAGUGUCAGAAGUUAGUCUUAUUGUUAGAAAUAAGAUGUUUUCAGGAAACUUUGUUCCAUAUCUGUGCAUUUAUUACUGCUAGGGUCAAAAGCACAAGCCCACUGAAAGUGAGCCUGGAACAGCUCCUCAAAGUCCUAUGUAUAUUUUUGGCUAAUAAGAAGACAAAUGUCUACCAUUAUUACCUUUCUUUUUAUAUAAAAAAUAAUAAUAGAGCAUUAAUGUUUCAAUCUCCAAUUGGGAAAUAUUUUUAUACUGUCUAGUGUAUUUUGUUCAGAUAAAGUUGUGGAUUAUCAUUUUAUUUUACAGACCACAAAACCAUGUAGCAGCUUUGUAUUAGAUUUUAACUAUUUUUACUAUACGAGUACAGUGAAAUAGACAAUCCUCAGUCAUCAGAAACAGCUUUUAGAGUCUAAUCUCUCAAUCUCAUAAAAAAGUCACCUUAGGAAAAAAAAAACAA